AUGGUGGUCUCGACUUUGGCUUGGCCGUCCCCGUGGGUCGUCACCGUUGGAUCAUUCCUCAGCACAUUCGGUGCCGCUCUUCAAUGUCUAUGCAGUGCACCUCGUCUUUUGCAGUCCAUAGCAAAAGAUGACGUCAUUCCUAUCCUGGCACCUUUUGCGCGAGUAACAGCCAACAAUGAGCCAUUGUUAGGACUGCUUCUGACAACAUUUAUCGCCGAGUUGGCUAUACUUCUGGGUGCUGUAGACAAAAUCGCCGAGGUCCUUGACUUCUUCUUUCUGAUGUGUUACGCCUUCGUAAACCUGAUUGCAGUCCUUCACUCAGUCCUGAAAGUGCCUAACUGGCGACCGCGUUUCAAGUACUUCCAUUGGUGA